CUGUUAGAUUCCAAUCUGCAAACUAAGAGUCUUUGUAUAACAAAUAAUACUUGGGACAGAAGACAACAAGAAGUCCAGUGUUACUCCAGCAUCCAUGUUUGCAGGCACCGAAAUCAAGCAACACAUGUCUAGCAUCUCAGCAGUUCACAUAAAUGAUCUUUAAGAGACUUAAACUUUCAAGCUCGAUAUAGCAAUGGAAUUCAAGACAUACCGGUUACUUUUUGCUGCCUUGUGUUUACCAUUUCUCUGUUGCCAGAGUAAAGACCAUCCACCAUAUGCAUGCCAGUGUUUAAUGAAUCCCAAAGAGCGAAAGAAUUGUGAUUCCACUUCUGCAGGUAUCACAGCAGAGGAAUGCACAGCAAGUGGAUGUUGCUUUGAUUCCACAGUGCCUGAUGUUCCAUGGUGCUUCAAGCCUUCUGGAGAAAGAGUUUCCCUUCAUUAUGCAAAUAAAAUGAUCAAAAAAGAGGCACGGAUGCAGUGUGGUUAUGAAGGAAUUUCACACAAGAGGUGCAAAAGAAUUGGAUGCUGUUUUGAUCGUACUGUUUCUAUGUGUUUCCACCCACCAGAAGCUAGUGGUUCCCAGCAGUGUCUCAUGGAUAUAAGUGCAAGAGAAGAAUGUGGAUACCCAGGCAUCACUGCUGAGGAGUGCCAAGAAAAAGGAUGUUGUUUCAAUUCAUAUGUCGUUAGCACUCGAUGGUGCUUUCGGCCUCUCUCUGACCAAGGACAUGUUAGGAUGUGCGGAAUGGCACCAAAGAAAAGAGUCCAAUGUGGAUAUGCUGGUAUCUCUGCUGAUGAAUGCCUGGGGAAAGGCUGCUGUUACGAACAUUACCAGUAUGCCCCAAAGGUCCCAUGGUGCUUUGAACCUUCAGAAAAGGAAGGCAAUUUUUCAGUAAGAAUGGAAAUGGAAAACCUCUAGACUGACUAAUGAUGAUGCUUUAGUGGAUGAAGGUGCAAAAGAUUUCACUAUGCAAUCAAUUUUUCACACAGUUUAGGAUGCUACUGUCAAAUCUAAAUUCAGUACAUUCCUCAUCAGUCUCACUGAACUGAAUUAAUGUUCGCAUUCUAGGAAUAUUCUUCUUGAAAGGAACAACAAGUGAUUUUCUUGCAAUUUUCUUCCUGCUUCUCAGAAAUCUUUGAAAAUUGGGCCAUUAUUGAACACCAUUUACAAUUCAGAUCUCAUUCUACACAACAUUUGCCUUUGGUUCUUUUUCACAGUACAAAAACAUUUUGGAACAGAAAACAAUUCUGCACAGAAAUAUUAUUUUCUGCAUAGAAAAGGCAACCUUCUUUUACUUUUGUAUUGACCUUCCCAUUUUUCUAAAUGUAUACUUGGGGUGAUUUUUUAAAAUUUGAUUUAAGUAUGCAUUGUUUCAGCAUUGCUAAGUUUGUCAGAUUCUACUUCUGUCUUCCUCAAUAGGAGGAACCUUAGCCUCAGUACUAAUUAUGGGCACAGAAUAUAUCCAUAGGAGACUGGAAAUGUACUUUUAUGUAACUGAGGUAAGCCUUGUGUCAACAAGUAAUACCAAGUCUGGGAUUAUGUUGGUGUUAUAACCAAGCAACACAAAUGCAUGGCAUUCACUGAUAGACAAGUCAAAGAGAAGGUGAUCAUGAUUAUGCUUCAAUCACAUCUGUUGGGGCUAUGGCAUGCAAUUGUCACUUACAAUCUCUGCCCCUAGAUUCUUUUUAAAUUAUGGAAAUAUGAGUUGAGCAACAGAUGGAGAACCAAUUGGCAGUCCAUUUUCCAAGCAAGGAGUCAGAAGUCAUACUUUCAUUUUGGGAUGAGGCACUUCUCUGCUCAGAUCAUAAGUCAAUCCUGGACAGCAUGCUGAGACACCCUGCAAUAAUGGACUUUCCCAUUAUUUGGCUAAUACAGUUGAGGGGAUUGCUUCUUCCCUAGGCACAAAGUGUUAAUGGGGUCUUGGGUUUACAGUUGCAUUUAGUGGGAGAGUCAGCAUCAGAAAAGACUCAAAUAUUGAUUGACCAAUGAAAAUGACCAGGGGCAAAACUUCCAAUUAUAUUGAAGAACAAAGGAGAAUAAAGGCAGAUAAGCACUGGCAGGUCCUUUGUUCCACCUUAAGGAAUUGGUUCUAGACUCAGCAUGUGGAAUGCCCACUUGUAAUAAUAAUCAUCACCAUCAUCACCAUCAUCAUCGUCAUCAUUGCAAGCCUGAAAAAGUUACAGAAAAUGAACACGCCAAACUACUCUGGGACUUCCGAUAUCAAGAACUGACAAGAAUUUUGGAGCACAAUACUCCUGACCUCACAAUUGUGGGGAAAAAAACAAACAGAGUAUGGAUCGUCAGUGUUGCAAUCCCAGGCAACAGCAGAAUCGACGAGAAGCAAUUGGAAAAGCUGACAUGAUACAAGGAUUUAAAGAUCAAACUGCAAAGAUUCUGGCGCAAGCCAGUCAAGGUGGUCCCAGUGGUGAUCGGCACACUGGAUGCAGUGCCUAAAGACCUUGUCCUGCACUUGAAAACGAUCAGGACUGACAAAAUUACCAUCUGUCAGCUGCAAAAGGCCACCCUACUCGGAUCUGCAUGCAUUAUUUACCAAAACAUCACAUAGCCCUUGGGAAGUGUCCGACGUGUGAUCCAGUACAAAAGCCAGCAUAGUGAUCUUAUCUGCUGUGUACUAAUCUUGUUGUUUAUCUAAUAAUAAUAAUAAUAAUAAUAAUAAUAAUAAUAAUAAUAAUACAUUUUAUUUCUUGCCUGCCUCUUCCCAAGGUUUGUGGUGGAUUACAAUGGAAUUGAAAUACAAUAGAUAAAAACACAUAACAAUUUAAACACAUAGAUUAAAAUAUAAACGUAAGGUUAAAAACACAUUUAAAAUAUAUAAUCAAAUAAGACUAGCCAGAUCCACAGGAACAGUUGCGAUUGUGAGUAGGUAGGGAUUAUUAUGAGUAGUUAAGUCACCUUAUGGAAAUUAUAUUUCUUUUAACCUAUGGCAGGAUAUGAAUAGAUUGCUUUGUAAUUUUUGUAAUGUUUAAGUAUGAUCAAAAGGGGCUGUUAACAUGUAAGAGAUACCUUUCUUUGUCAAUGCCUUGCUGAGAAUAAAAGCUUACUUUUAGAA